AUGAAAUGGGUUGGUUUGAUAUUCAUUUUAUUUCUACAAAAUCACUUGGUUCUAGGAGCUAAACAUUAUUUAUUCAAGACUUGUGAACAGUCGGGGUUUUGUAAAAGAAAUAUUCAUUAUGCACAUAAUAUUGAGGAAAAUUACUAUACAAUUGAUUCUUUCAAUAUUGACGAAACAAAAGCCUAUAUAUCUGGAAAUUUAAUCAAAUCCAUACCUCAAGGUGAAAUCUCUUUGAAUUGGCAGUUGGGUAUUGUUAAUGGAGGUUUCAGAUUCACUGUCGAUGAAGAAAGACACGUGAAAGGUAUAGUUAACCUGAAAAGAUUCAGUCCAGCAAACGAAUUCAAUAUUGAGUAUGUUUCCAGAGAUCAAGUUUCAAUUGAAAAAUCAGAUAUUUUACAUAUUUCAUACAACUCAACAGUGAUUAAAGUUUAUCCUAAGUUCAAGAUAGAAGUCUAUGAUGAUAAGAAACUCACAAUGCAAAUAAAUGACGAUAAUCUAUUAAACUUUGAACAUUAUAGGUUGAAUAAUGAAGGACAAAUGAAUACUCCAGAGUCAGACUUUAAUAUGUUUCAAGAUGAUUUUAAAGAUUCUAGGGAUGAUAAACUUCCAUUGGGUCCAGAAUCUAUUGCUUUGGACUUCAAAUUCAAGGGGUAUCAACAUUUAUACGGAUUACCUGAACAUAGUGAUAGUUUAGAAUUGGGUGAUAAAUUAUAUCGUUUAUUCAAUGUGGAUAUCUUCGAAUAUGAAAUCAAUUCUACCUUGCCUAUGUAUGGGUCUAUCCCUUUUCUUCUUGCAAUGAACGAACAAUCAUCUAUGGGGUUGUUUUGGAUCAAUGCGGCUGACACUUACGUAGAUGUGAAACAUUCAAAUCAAGACACUUCCACACACUGGAUUAGUGAAAAUGGGGUUAUGGAUUUCAUAGUAUUUACUAAAGACUCAAAUCGUGAUAUCCAAAAGAAGUAUGGUGAUAUCACUGGCUUUACUGUCUUACCUCCGUUGUUCUCAUUAGGUUAUCAUCAAUGUAGAUGGAAUUACAAUGACGAAGCUGACGUUUUGGAUAUAACCGAAAAAUUCGAUGAAUAUGAAAUUCCCUACGAUACCAUCUGGUUGGAUAUUGAGUAUACUGAUAAUAAGAAGUAUUUUACUUGGAAUGAGAAUUUCCCUAAUCCUACGAGAAUGCUUCAAGCUUUAGAUCAUACUGGUAGAAAUUUGGUUGUCAUUAUUGAUCCACAUAUUAAAAAGGAUUAUGAUGUGUCUAAUUAUUUGGUAGAAAAUAAAUUAACGAUAAUGAACUCCCAGAAUUCCACAUAUUACGGACAUUGUUGGCCAGGAGAAUCAGUUUGGGUGGACUCAUUGAACCCCAAGGUCCAACAAUAUUGGGAUAGUUUACAUACAUCAUCGGGAUUCAUGGGUAAUUCAAGCAAUGUUCACAUUUGGAAUGAUAUGAAUGAAAUCUCUGUUUUUGAUGGACCCGAAACCUCAAGUCCUAAAGAUAAUUUACAUUAUGGGGGAUGGGAAGAUAGAUCAGUCCAUAAUAUUAAUGGAAUGAAAUUCCAUGAAAUCACAUAUGAUUCCUUAAUCAAACGUCAACAAGAAACCACAAGGCAAAGACCGUUCAUUUUAACUCGUUCUUACUUCUCCGGUAGUCAAAAGACCGCUGCUAUGUGGACAGGGGAUAAUAUGAGUAAAUGGGAAUACUUGAAAAUCUCGAUUCCCAUGGUUUUGAAUAAUGGAUUGGCUGGUAUGCCAUUUGCUGGGGCUGAUGUGGGGGGAUUCUUUGGUGAUCCAUCUAAAGAAUUAUUAACUAGAUGGUACCAAACAGGUAUAUUCUACCCAUUCUUUAGAGCUCAUGCCCAUAUUGAUUCACGUCGUCGUGAACCAUGGAUUCCUGGAGAUCCCUUUACUUCUUACAUAAGAGAUGCCAUCAAAUUAAGAUAUGCAUUAUUGCCAGUAUUCUACACAUCCUUCUAUGAAUCGUCUAUUAAUGGAGCACCAGUGUUGAAACCAAUUUUUUACGAUACAGGGAAACAUUUCGACAUUGAAGAUGAGUUUUAUAUCGGAAACUCGGGUAUUUUAGUUAAACCAGUAACUGAACCGGAUGUUAAAGAACAGAAAAUCAUACUUCCAGAAUCGGGAAAAUAUUAUAAUUUCGUUAACGGAAUACCUUCUACUGUCACUUACAAAGGUGAUGAAACCAUUUCCAUACCCGUUACUUUGAAUGAUAUUCCAAUGUUUGUUAAAGGAGGACAUAUAAUAUUUACUCAACCGAGAUAUAGACGUUCUAGUAAAUUAAUGGUCAAUGACCCUUACACCAUUACCGUAUUUCUUGACGAAAAUAACAAGGCUGACGGAGAUUUAUACGCUGACGAUGGGGAAUCGUUCAAUUACCAAAACGGACAAUUCCUCAAAGUUCAUGUUGAAGCAAAUGAAUCCAGAAUCAACUUUGUCGUUGAAAACUCAUGGAACGCCAAAUACAUCAAUAAAGUGAUUGUUGUUGGUAAAGAUAUCAAAACCUUCAACGUCAAAAUUUCCUUAAAUGGUAAUUACACCUUCAAAUUUGAAAACCAACACAUUCACGAACUUAUUCAUGAUGAAUUAUAA